UGCUGACUUGUUUCCACCAGUCAGUGGAGAAGACCACGGAUGUUUUAAAGCAGAUGAAGAAGCACGAUCUGAUAGCGAAGCUGUCAGCCAGAAGCUCAGGACCUAAAGGUUCAACAUUUCAGAAGAAACCUUCUGCAGGUCCACAUCGUUCUGCUCUGAUCCACAACGUGGCGAUGAUGGCAGCGGUUAGACAGCAACUCCUGGAAACUCUGGACAAAUUAACCAAGGAGGAAUUUUCAAAAGUUAAGCGAAAUUUAUCAGACUUUUCACCAAGAUUGGAGUUCACAACACAGACAGCAGAAGUCGUUGAUGAGAUGAUGGAGACGUUUGGCCAGCAGUCAGUGAAGAUGAUCAAAGAUCUUCUGAUUGAAAUAAACAGAAAAGAUUUGGCUGAGAAUAUGCAAGACACUGAAGAAACUUCAACAAGUGUGGAUUCUGUGGAUUGUGGAAGUGUGGAGCAGGACUCCAGCAGCUGGACCAAAGUGGACCCUGAGCUGGACGGGACGUCUCCGGAUGAAGAUCCCACUUACAGCCUCCAGUCUGCAGCGGGACACUUUGAAUGCAGCGUCUCUGGUCUGCGUUGGGUCUGCAGGGAGAAGGUGGGCUUUCGGUACCGGUUCUGCUCCUGGGUCGGACACAUGGAGAGGAUGGAGAGCAGAGGAUACCGGCCUGCUGGACCUUUGCUGGACAUCUCUGUCCUUACUGGGAAGGUGAUGGAGGUGCAGCUGCCACACUGGGUCUGCACCGACGAUGUUCCUGAGUUACUGAAGAACUUUGCUGUCCUCCAUGUUGGCGACUGUGGAGAUGUUCUGGAGAAAGCGACCCGGGUCACAAAGACCCAUGUCGGGUUAACAGAACCAGUUUUCUCUUUGCUGGGAGCUCUGAGAAAUCUUUUCUUUUCUCCAAGAAUCAUCUGCAACACAUUAAUUUACUACCAGCCCAAAACGUCCUACCUGAAGAUGCACGUCUACCUGAUUCCACCGGAUCCUGCUCUGAAACAGUCGGUCCACAGGAGAGAAUCCUCCAAGGGAUACGAAGAAAUCAUGAAGCCCCGCCCAGACAAGCCUCUGAAGAUGGACCGUGGAUUCAGCCUCCAGGCCACCGUAGAGACGGCCAGAAUCCAGCCACCGGAAAUCACUCUGAGGCCCGACAGCCAGGAUCCAAACUUCUACGAGGUUUUUAUUGAGAGUCCAGACGAAAACUUCAACCUGGAGCUGCUGCAGACUCAUUCAGAGAAAGUUUGGUUCUGUGAGAUUAGGAAAGAUGAUCAUCCUAAAUCUGGUUCCACUGGAGGUGGAGGAUGUUCAACAGAAACUGUUACUGUGAAGAAAGAAGUCUUUUUCUGUUUUUCAUCAGAGGAACAUUUUGUGGACAAACACAGAGAGACACUGAUCCAGAGAGUGAGGAACGUAGAACCCGUCUUAGAUGGACUUUUACAGAACAAAGUUCUGAUGGAGGAAACCUACGACAGGAUCCGAUCUCUGCCGACCUCUGAGGCUCAGCUGAGGGAAAUCUUCUCCUGCCUCAGAGCUGCUGACGAAUGCAAAGACAUUUUCCUCUCCAUCCUUCAGGAGAAAGAGCCACACCUGAUCACCGACCUCCAGAGGAAAUGUUGAGGAGGAACCAGGGCCGGACCUAAAGGUGGCCCAGGGGGUUCUGGUUCCUGCUGGCAUGGCGUUACUUUUUACUGAGUAGAAACUGAAACAUUUCACCAUUUUUAAAGGUUUUCAUCAGCUGAUAUAACUGAGGUCGGCUGCAUCUUUUUGUUUUUAUGUCUCAUUAAAUGAAGCAUUUUAAUGAAACCAAAUAUUGGAGAUGAUUUUAUAAACUUCAACUCAUUGAGUUUCCUUUGGUGACAAUAACAUUAUUAUUGUAAUCAUUAUUGUUAUAGUUUGUGACAUGUUUUCAUCAAAACCAGGUUGUUAAAGUGGAACCGUGAUGAAAGGUGUCGGUCGGGUCCAGACUGAAGUUCUGACCGACUUCCUGUCCAGGAUUUGAACAGCCAAUCACAUUCUGCCACAACUAAAGAAAUGUUUUUCAGAGCAGCUUGGUAUAAAAUCACAAAAUCUAAAGACAGAUUCAGACUUUAGAGGCUAAAACUGGAUCAUUGCAAACAAACAAAGUGACAUAAUAUUAAAAUAUCAAAACAAAAGAUCCUUUAAACCAGCAGAACUGAUUCAUUGUUAAGCUGCUGAUGUGUUUCAUUGUUAUUGUGUUUGGUGAAUAUUGGCAUCAUUAUGAUUAUUAAAGAAAAUGAUCAAG